AUGUCCGGGCCACCUGCCAUACCACCUGCGUCGCUGAAAGACCACGAUGCCUGUCCAAGAGCUGGUCCAAGUCCUAAGACCAUUCGUGUGGGCCGAGCGUGGGGCGGUGCGCGCGCGCGGGUGCGCCGCGGGAAGCGUGAUGCGCAGGGGCGCGCGCGUAGCCUGCGGCGCGUCGCUCGCGCCCGCGCCCGCUCCCGCUCUCGUCCCAGCUCGGUGCGCGUGAUGCGCGCGGACCGCGCCGCGCUGUACGCGUGGCUCGUCUGCUGCGCCGCCGCGCUCCCCUCCCACAAGUACAGUACGCGCGUCGUGCGCACCAAGUACGGCCCGCUGCGCGGCAUCGUUGUGCACUCGCACCCACAGGUGGAGGCCUACCUCGGUGUGCCGUACGCCACGCCACCUCUCGGCAGUCUCAGAUAUAUGCCGCCGGUGACGCCAUCACAGUGGCGGACGACGCGCCUUGCGGACGCCAUGGGGCCGGCCUGCCCUCAGUCUCCUCCUGCAGCUUCGCCCCACGACGAUGCAUUAUUGAUACACCCUCGUGCGAGGAUCCGACAAUUGGAACGAUUACUGCCAAUGCUCGUUAAUCAGAGCGAAGACUGCCUCUAUGUCAAUCUUUAUGUUCCUACGAAUGGAGCGGAAGAAGGAAUUGAAGGUGAUGGUCUACCGUGCCUAGUUUUUGUACACGGAGAAUCGUAUGAAUGGAACUCAGGAAAUGCCUACGAUGGUACGACGCUGGCUGCGCAUGGAAAUAUCAUCGUAGUUACUAUCAACUUCAGGCUGGGUGUAUUGGGUUUUUUAAAAACUGGUGCUAAAGGAUCAGCACAGGGUAAUUUUGGCCUUAUGGACCUAGUCGCGGGUCUCCACUGGUUAAGAGAAAACUUACCCGCAUUCGGGGGAAACCCAGAGCGUGUCACGGUUAUGGGGCAUGGAACUGGCGCUGCACUUGCCAACUUCCUCUCCGUCUCACCAGUGGCCAGAGAACUACUGAAGCGCGUCAUCUUGUUAAGCGGGUCGGGGUUGAGCUCUUGGGCUCUGCAGAGGGAACCGCUCACGAUAAAAAGAAAGGUGGCAGAGCAGACUGGUUGCCAUGGAGAUUUGCUGGAAGAUGAUUUAGCCCCUUGCCUUCGAAAACUUCCUCUAGCUGAACUUCUUGCAGUGCGCCUCGAUCCACCACGCUUUUUACCUGGUUUCGCACCAUUUGUCGACGGAACUGUUAUUGUAAAUCCAUCUUCGGCUCCCCCUUCGACGGAUAGUACAAGGCUAGGUGCAGGGGCCGCGGCGGUGGCUAACGCAGCCGGUCACGAGUUAGCAGAUUUUUCUCAUAGGGAACUCCUAUUUGGGCUUACAACGACAGAAUCUUACUUGGAAUUCAAUGCUCAAGACUUGGAAUUCGGUUUCAACGAAAGUCGACGGGACCGCAUUCUUCGUACAUUUGUCCGUAACGCCUACUAUUAUCAUCUUAAUGAAAUUUAUUCCACUUUGAAAAACGAGUAUACGGAUUGGGACAAGCCUGUGCAAAACCCUCUCAGUGUUAGAGAUGCUACUCUUGAGAUUCUUAGUGAUGGUAGAACGGCAGCUCCUUUAAUAAGACUCGGUUAUCUGCACGCACUCAGAGGUGGUACAACCUACUUUACGCACUUUCAUCAUCUUUCUCAAGAAAAGGACUAUCCGCAGCGGCCGGGAUCCGUACACGGAGAAGAAUUACCAUAUUACUUAGGUGUGCCGCUGGCUCAAUUUCAUCAUCAACAGAACUUUACGCAGCAGGAACAACGAGUCUCAAGGAUUUGCAUGCAUUACAUUUCUAAUUUUGUGCGGCACGGCAAUCCAAAUGACCCGUCGGCUACUCCUCCUCCAAGUACGUUGUUGGGUGAAACGCCGCAUCUUGGUCCAGAUCAAAUGCUUUAUUGGGACACAUAUGAUACAAUCAAUCAGCUUUAUAUGGAAAUAAGUGGUAAGCCGGAGAUGCGGAAUCAUUAUCGAGGCCAUAAGAUGUCACUGUGGCUGUCGCUUAUACCGCAACUGCAUCGUCCCGGGUCUGAUAUGCCUGAUGCAGCUAUGCGACACCAUCACUUUCAAGAUGACAAUGCUAAUUAUUAUGAAGGAGCAGUCAGACCACAGUCUAUGUCUAGAGCUCAUGUACCACACGUUGUCAGUAUCGAUAAUCCUGCGCGUGGCGAAGGUCGCAGUACAGUUAAUCCUCGUUCUGGAAUGCCUAAACCAUCACCAGCUCCAACAGUUAUUUCUACAGAGUGCCCACCUAAUACAACGGUUACCCCCUUGCAACCUGAUGAUGCACUUCUUCGUCGUCUUGCAUCCUCUCAUUAUCAGUCUUACACUGCUGCACUAACGAUUGCGGAGAACCAACGUUUGGAGAGUAUAGCUGUUAUGACGAAAAGCAUCGAGCUGCCCGUAAUUCUUUACCAGAUGUCAGUG